AUGUUCAUUGCGCGCCGCCAUGAAGCGCCGGGCACUCGGCGAAGCGUCCUAGGCCGUGACGGGAAUACGAAGCAAGGUGCUCUCGUCGACGAGCACGACGCGUCCGUGCAGGUGUGCGCCUCGAUGCGCGCCGUUUCGGAAUCGUCGACGGCAAGAGAAACGAACAGGUUCACCGCAAUCUCGGUGCCAAACGCCACUCGCCUGAGAGCUCUCGGCUCGGAGGGGUUUGGUCGAUGCAGCCUCGACCCGGCCGACGGACACGCGAGCACCCCAGCCGGCGCUGGAUCCGGAUGA